CGGUUGUCAACUUGUUUGUUUUAUAAAUUUUGAAAAAUAACGGUUUUGUUUUUUGCGGUGUGCUGUGGUGACAGUUGGAGAAGAUAUUCUAAAGUGCCGUGUGUGACUUGUGUAAUUUUAUAGGGCGAGUUAGUCCACAAUUCUUAAUUUGUCUUUUUAUUAUUAGUCCUUAUCUUGUCUGUAACACAUAAAUUGUUGAUACCAAAAUGGCGAAUGGUUAUGAAAGAUCCAACUUAUAUAAAGUUCGCGUUCGGACUUCUACCACUUUAGAAAAAAUGGAGGAAGUGGCAGAUAAUCUUCGUCGUACAUCACGGUGGACGACAUUGUUACAAAGACGAAACAUAACUGCCUUCAUGUCCCCAAUAAACUCCCCUCAUACUUCUAUAAAGAAGAUCGAACGAUCCGUAAUUAAGAAGGAUAAAAGUGACGAGCGUAGGGAACAGUUAAACAAAUGGAAGGAGCAGAAAAAAAAGAGAUUAGCGGCCGAAAAAGCCAAAGCCAAGCCUAUUUUUAAAGUUUGCCGUGUUAAGGAUGUAGUUGUGCCAGACAUAUCUGAAAUUUACAAGAAAAUUAAGGGGAACGAUCAAUUUAAGGUGGCACCUUCUUCUACAUAUAAAUUUAAAGCACCUGUUAAUGUAAAACCAUUAAACAUGAAAUCCCCCACUAAGUCAAAGGCGAGACGCAAAAUUGACUUUGUGUUGAACGACACGUCAAGCAAACAAACUAGGGUUUCAAACAAUAGGUCGUAUAAGAACAGCUCGAUGACAAAAAACACAAGUUCAGAUAUUAAAGUGAUCAAAAAAACAACUACUACAAUAAAAGAAACAUAUAGAAAGUGUGAAAGCAACGAAGAUGGUGCUCGAUGCGUCACUCCUGUUGAAAACGAUCCUCCGGUGACGUAUAUUAGCCCAUUUAUAACUGUAUCUAGAGGGAAGGAGAAUUCACGCCGUGAAUAUCACAACCGACGAUCUAAUUUAAUUGAGUCGCCCACAGCUAGUGGCGUACAGAAAAAUAUGACUCCCAAAGCUGGUGCCAGAUACUUUGAAAAUUUACUUCAGAAACAGGAGCAGCGCUUAAGUCAGCUGUGUUGCAGCUGGGAGACUUACAGUGACACGCAGAACCCACCCGAGGAGGCUUGUGAUAUGAUCCGUAUGGCAAUUGGUCAAACAAAGCUUUUGAUGCGGAAAAAGUUUACGAAAUUCCAAGAGCUCAUCGGCCAGUGCAAAAAUUCAAAUGGCGAUAAAAUCGUAACCUGCCUUGAUCUGCACGGAUUUUGGGACAUAAUUUUGAUUCAAAUAAACAAUUUAGAUAGUCGAUUUGAAAAUUUAGAUCGUCUUAAGACUAACAAUUGGGAAGAGAUUCUUCCUGUGGCACCCACAAGUACAAAGCAAGUCAAACUGAAAAAAGUUAGCAACACUAAACGAAAGGGAGUAAAGAGUAGCUUGCGGGAUUUAAUAAAAGAACAACGCAAAAAAAAUAUGAAAGAAAUUAAAAAUUCUCCAAUGAUUGUUGUAACCACACCACGCAGUAAGCUGGCAAAUAUAUCGAACAUAUUGCACGAAUCUGCUGCUGUCACUCCCCGUAACCAAAGAGCAAUAAACACACCAAAGAGUAUACUUAAGCCGGAACGAACGCCAAAACAGCGUAGUAUAAGAAAAGUAAAAUCUGUCUUAUUCUCCGAGAGUACAGAAAAGGAAAAUUUGUGCGAGACCUCAAACCUCAUUCAGUUUUCUCCCAAUAAAUCCGUGGAACAUCCCAGAAGAUCAAGCAGAUUAGCAGAAAAAAAUAGGAAAAGUUAAAGAAUUUUAUUUACCUGUUAUAUGUAUUUCAUUGUCAAUGUACAAAUUAUUUUAAUUUUAGAGUGCAAAUUUGCAAAAAUAUACAUAAAUAUGUAAUUGUUUGAAAA